UGAUCUAGUGUGUUGGUUUGUGGUUGAAGGGUUUCUAGAGUUAUAUUACACGCGGUUGCUUACUGGCCCAAGUCCAAAUAGCUCAGCCAAAAGUCUCUCUGACAUUUUCCACUAUUUCAAAAUCUGGCUUGGGUCUUUAAUAUAUUUCUGCAUUUUAUUUUUUAUUUAUUUUUUUGCCUGUUUCAGCGUACACCAUGAAGAGUAAUAUCACAGCUUUCCUCAACAUGCAGCUAUUUGAGGUGAUUUAUGUCUGUAAGACCAGGACAAGUUAUACACAUAACAUUUAAUAUUGGAAAUUUGUUCAAAAUAGUCCAAAAUGUGUAAAUAUUAUGUAUCGACUAUUACUAAUUAACUGUUUAAAUUAUUUAUUGAAUAAUCCCUUUAACACCCAGACUGUAGUUGGUUCCCAAACUUUUUCAGUGUGCGGCCCCCCUUGUGUACGGUGCAUUCCUUCGCGGCCCCCCAAAGAAAAUUUGUGACAAAAAACUGUUUUAAAACUCAACAUUUUAAUAAAAAAAAAAUCAUACAGAAAAGUAGUGCUUUUUGUUAAUAAUUUUUUUUGGGUUUAAUUACAAAGAAUUCAUGAUAAAUUAAUGUAUUUCAUAAAAUGUCAUAAAACUGGGGACCCCCUGGCACCAUCUCGCGGCCCCCAGUUUGAAAACCACUGGUUUAGACUGAAAUUGGUGAUAGAUGUUUCUAAAAGUAUAUAUAGUGCCAUCUAGUGCAAAAACAUUCACAGUGCAAAAACAUUUACAGUAAUGGAGGACACCCCUUAUUUACAAGUAGCUGUGGUCAAGAUCAGAUUGAAAAAGGCUUGUUUAUCAUCUCCAUUCUUGUAAUAACAAUGUCUGACUAAUCCUCCUGAGACAUUACGCUGGCUGUCAUUUGAUGUGCAUGUGUCUGUGCAAUAUGUCUGUUCUUUGUGUCAUCUGAUACCAAUGGAUUAAACAUAGCAUGCAAACUUAUAAGGGGUCAUAGUGUAGCUUGUCUUGCAGUUACAUCAUUAAUGUGCUUACAAAAAUAUUGAGAAAUUUACAACUGGGGCAUUAAGACAUUCAACCAACUUUCUAUGUGUUCAUAAAGACCCUAAAAGGUUGUUUUAUGUUUUGUCUUGCUUGUCCUUAACAAAUAUGUGAAGGGUUUUGUUCCCUAUAUAUAAGUCUUUACUUGAUUUUAUUUACUGUAACUUAUUAUUAAAAGUAUUUCAGUUAAUGUGUCAACAUCAUAUAUUGUCAUUUAUUGAGUAAUGCACUAAUCCAUAAACUCAGUUUAUAGUAAACAACUACCAGCUCAAAAACUUUUUUUACCCUUUAAAACUUGUGAUGUCAAACCAAACUAAAACAUUUUGAUCAUUGACAUUUACAGAUAUUAGCAGAAUUAGUCUUGGACAUUUCACAGCACUUGGGUUUCUUAACAGCACGUCUUGUCCUGUUGCCUCACAUGCUGGUCAUGAGUCCCAUUGUGGUCCCACCGGAGGUUCACUGAACCGUCCCACACUUCCCAGAAUCUGCAGUACGAAGAGCUCCUCCAUUCACACCGAACCUUUGAGAUGAAUUAAAGUCAGACACCACGGGAUCAGGGGCAAAGUUUGGUAAAAAAAAAAAAACAAAUGGACAGGAGAUUGCUGGUGAGAAAUGGGCAUCAUUUUUGCUUCAUCCUGAGUAAAGAGGUAUGUUUAAGGUAGUUAGCGAAUCUAGGACAGAAAACCAACAACAAGACUUAAUCGGACGAAGAAAUCAAUCAUCAUGGAUCCGAGCGCAGACGAGUACAACACAGAUGGUUCUGGUGUGGAGGACAUGGGAAGUCAGAUCAAUGGACUGGUGGUUCAGAUCAUGGAGACCAUGCCGGUUCUGCUGGCGCGGAUCAGGCAGAAGGUUCUGGAAGUGGCUAUUUUGAUCUGUGUUAUUCUGCUGGUGUUCUGGGUGGCUUUGUUUCUCUACGGCAGCUUUUAUUACUCAUUUAUGCCCACAGCGAAUUACAUUACACCUGUCUACUUCUCCUACAGAACAGAUUGUUCAACCCCUCAUCAUGCUAUGUGCUCUUUUCCCGAGGCUAACGUCUCUCUUCUGAGGAAUGGAAAACACCAGGUAAUGACAUAUGGUCAACCCUAUCAGAUCACACUGGAACUGGAGAUGCCAGAGUCUCCAGCCAAUCAGCAGUUGGGAAUGUUUCUUGUAGAAAUGUCACUGUAUACUAAAGCCGGUCAGAUUAUUGACAUAUCUGCACGUUCUGCAAUGCUCCAUUAUCGCUCCUCUCUGCUUCAGGCUAUGGACACCAUGAUAUUUUCCCCAAUGCUGUUAACAGGAGCGUCCGAGCAAAAGCAGUCAGUCACUACAGAGCUUUACUCAGAGUUCAGAGAUGAUUCUUAUAAACCCACUAUUGGUGCUGUUAUCAGGAUCUAUUCCCAGCAUAUUCAAAUCUACAGAGCAAAUCUCUACAUCUUUGCCCACUUCACAGGCAUCAGGUACCUGCUCUAUCAUUUCCCUCUGAUGACAGCGAUCAUCGGGGUGAUGAGUAACUUUGCCUUCCUCAGUUUCAUCAUCGUUCUCAGCUUUCUACAGUUCAAUCUGGGUGAUCGCAGGUCACCCGCAAGGACGGGCAAACAAGAGACAGGUUUUUCGUUUGAUUUGAAUGAAGAUGAAAAUAAAGAAUCAGAAAAACUGAAUGAUCAAUCUGAACCUCAGGAUGAGGGAAAUAGCAAAGUGUAUACAGCCACUACAAAAUGCUUGUUGGAUUCCCCCAUUAUAAUAAGGGAUAUAGACACCACGGAUUGCAAUUCUGAGGAGACGGAAGAAACCAUUCUUGAGACGGGGGUGGAUGAUAGUGAAAACUCUAGGGAACCGGAGGAGGAUGAACCCGUUUGUACAUUUGGGUCGGGGGAAAUAAUUUUAAGGCAAAGACAUUUGCCACCUGUGAUUGUACAAUCAUCUCAGGCAUUAACAGACACUGAAGAUAAAAACAACUAUGGUGUUGGUUCCUGUUUGAGCUCCUAAUACCAAAAAACAAACUUUCUGCUAAAAGAGGGUGAAGGUUAUGAAGAGCAAAGGCCAUCUGCUGGACUUCAUAUGUUUUUUUUUUUGUUUUUUUUUGAAAAUGCAAAACUAAUAGCUGUAUUUUGUAUUCAUGUUCUCCAGUUUAUUUUUGUCUGCUGACAGAAUUUUUAGCCAAGCACAUUUUACUUUUAAUCCGUCUAAACUUUCCUUUGUUGCUGAAUAUUUAAUAUUAAUGUAUACAACAACAUUGUUGUUGUUGUUGUUUUUGCAGCUGCAUACAAUGAUACUAUGCUGAUAAAUAGCCUUAAUGGAAAAUGUUAUUUGGUUAUGGCUUAUGUUUGGAAAGCAACAGAUUAAUUUGCAUUUAUUUCCAUGUGUGCCUCUCUGGAAAACACACAACCCAACCGAGAGAUAUCCACUGAUGCUGUUACAAUUCCUUUGUAUAUCACUUUAUUAAAAGGUUUUGUGUGCAUGUGCGCACACACGCACACAUGCAUGCACACACACACACACAUGUGCGUGUGUCCCUGCAUGUUAAAAUUUCUAGUUUAUUAUUUUUUCAUAUGUUCAUCAUGCAUCCUUACUGGAAUAUGAUGUUAUUCUGUCCUGACUUGCUGCAAUAUGGUUGUCUUAUGUACAGUCGAAUAAAUAGUUUAACACCAUA